AUGAAGCUUCGCGAGCAUCCAAUCUCGCGCGUCCUUUACUCGCACGAAGAUAUCGCUUCUGCGGUGGAGAACGUCGCGUCUGCAAUUCACGCGCGAUUCGGAACGACGCAGUACGAGAACGUUAUUUUCCUCCCGUGCAUGACCGGCGCGAUGUUUUUCGCGAGCGAUGUCAUGCGACGGCUCCAUCAGAUGUUACUCGAAGAAGAAGAAGUAAUAGUGGACUUGGAACUGGGAUCGUGCGUCGCGACGUCGUACGAAAACGUGAACGCAUCCGGCGUCGGGAGCGAGAAAGUGAAAAACGUGCACGUGAAAGGAAACGUGCGCGGGAAAACCGUCGUCGUGAUCGAAGAUAUCGUGGAUACCGGCAACACUCUGGUCACCUUGUGCGACACUUUAUACGCUCAAGGCGCGAAAGACGUGCACUGCGCGACGCUCCUGAAUAAACAAGCGAGAAGGAGAGAAGAGAACACGAAAGCGUUUGAACGGUUACUGGCGAGAGAAAAUGAUGCGGAGAGUAAAGAGGAAGGUUUGUACAUCGGCAUCGAGUGCGAGGACGAGUUCGUCGUCGGCUUUGGCUUAGAUUACAACGGCGCGUACCGGGGCUUACCGUACAUCGGCGUGUUGACGGAGAAGGCCAUACGCGAGAUGAUAUGA